AUGACAUGGAGGAAAUUAGUACGCAACAAUCAGGGAUUACCCAAGUGGAUAUUCAUAUUAAGGCUGGCAUUACAACAAAGGCUUGCUACAAAGGAAAGACGAGCAAGAUGGGGGAUCAUUUCAGAGCAAACAUGCUUAUGCCAAAGAGAGAAUGAAACAGUGCAGCAUCUAUUCUUUGGUUGCGAGAUAUCAGGUUCUAUAUGGCAGCAGCUACUAAAGUGGCAAGGUAUACAGAGAACAAAGAAAACAUGGCUGGAACAGUUUGGCAAAGGAAAGAGUGGAGGUGCAGCAGUAUGCAGAAUGACCCUAGCAGCUACAAUUUACCACAUUUGGCAAGAAAGAAAUGAUGUGAUAUUUCAGAAGAAGAGGAGAUCAACCAAUGCUAUACGACAUGUCAGGGCCACCAUAUUUCCCCUAUUAGAAAGGACCAUGUCUAAACUAAACAGGUACCCUGAUGUAGGCUAG